GCUCUGGAGAGAAGUAUUCAAAAUCAGCUGAAUAUAUAAUUCUCGCUAUUGUUCUUUAUAUAAGCCUCCUUCAGUAUGAGCGUCACAUUCAACGUCUUCCGCGGCUCCCCCGAGGGCAAGAUUGUCACCGAUCAAACCACCUACACGCUUGGGCCGAAUGAGGUUUUUAUUGAAACCACACAUUCUGGUCUCUGCGGAACGGACGAGCACUAUCUCAAGACUGGCCAGGUUCUCGGACACGAAGGUGUUGGCAUUGUGAAAGCGCUCGGCUCGAAUGUCACGUCGGUGAAGGUUGGAGACCGGGUGGGAUUUGGAUAUACGCACAGUAUUUGUGCAGCCUGUGAUAACUGUGCUACUGGAUGGGAUCAGUACUGCAGAAAGAGAAAGCAAUACGGCUUCCAUGACUUCGACAACGGAACCUUUGGUGAUGGCGCCGUGUGGGACGCGAAUUGCGUCUAUCCCAUCCCGGAUGGGUAUGACUCCGUCCAUGCAGCACCGCUGAUGUGUGCUGGUGCUACUGUCUGGACGGUCUUGACUCGCUUUGGGAUUCGUCCUGAUGACCGAGUUGGUAUCAUGGGCGUUGGUGGGCUCGGCCACGUCGCCAUUAAACUUGCAUCCGCGAUGGGCUGCCAUGUCGUGGUUCUUUCCAGCUCCGAAUCAAAGGGACAGGAAGCUAUGGAGUUCGGUGCUUCUGAAUAUCAUGUCUUUCGGUCUGGGGGAGAGCCACCAAAGGACUUUAAGCCCGUUAAGCAUUUGCUACUCUGUGGAAGUGGAGGGAUGGAUUAUCAAUUUUUGCUUCCUCUUAUGGAUUCACCCAGCACCAUCUAUCCUCUAACUGCGACCUUUGAACCCGCCCCGAUUCCAACGCUACAGUUGGACUUUCAAGGUGUCUGUAUCCAGGGCUCGCUAGUGGCAUCCCGCCAUGGUAUUCGGACUCUUCUUGAGUUUGCGGCCAGAAAAAACAUCAUUCCUAAUGUUAUGACGUUCCCGUUCACUGCGGAUGGAAUCGGACAGGCGAUGGAGACUCUUCGGGUGGGUAAGAUGAGGUAUCGGGGUGUGCUUGUGAGGGAGUAAUUGUAUUGAUAUAGUGGCCUUAUAAAAAGUGCAACUAUAUUGUUUGUCAAAGAUGGAUACUUUACAGUAGAAGAACUAGC